UAAGUGCAUUGCAGUCGUCAGCUAGUGAAUAGGUUUUCUAUCUUUUGAAUGAACAGGAUAAUCUAAUGUGAUUAUCGCUCAGUUGGUCAAGAAGCUGUAGAACUUGCCAGUCCUGUCUUUCGUCUAUCACCACCAGUGUCUUCUUAAUGAUUACUUCUUCUGUGAGUUGUAGACAAACUGCUGCUGACAGUGGGACAGCUCAACAGUCGCCACAUUGCUGUCGGUGCUGAAGAAGAAGAUCGAGAAUGAGGCUGAAGUCUGUAGUAGCUGUCACCUGCAUGUUGCUUGUCACGUACGCACCAGUUUACAGCAAGUGUCCAGGUCACUGGAGUGCUUUUGAAAAAAACUGCUACAUCUUUAUUAACGUGCACAUCACUUGGAGAGAAGCUCUCAAAAUGUGUCGCAUUUAUAAGGGCCAUCUUCUGGAAAUAAAUUCGUCCAGCGAGAAUUCUUUCACUAGUACCCUACUCAAAGGUAAAAAUGCCCCGUUGUGGCUAGGGAUAACUGACAUGGGUCAGCAGGGAACCUGGGUGUCAGCGACCUCGGGUGCGAGGGUAAAUUAUACCAACUGGGGACAAGGGCUACCACACAGCAAACCUGGCAUGAACUGCGCCACGGUGGACGGCGGAGUGUGGAAGGACACGUUGUGCAGCAUGAGACUCACCUUUGUCUGUAAGCACAAAAUGGCAGAAAAGUGAUGAUACAAAAGUUCGAGAAAGGCACAGAACUCGACAGGAAGGUCUUGAGCGAGAAAAGCUAACGCGAAACGUUGAGUGAAAGAAAUAAAACUGGAAACUUCUGUCUAUUAAAGUCUGUCAGCUGA